AUGUGUGCCAUGGGCAAGCGGCUCGAAGACGUAUCAUCGGUCCAAAUCUCUGGUUGCGAGCUAGCAUGCCUCAAUCGGACGUAUAGACACGAACCAGGAGUUUUCUCUGCAUUGAAAGAUCGCGCUGCUCCUGCUUCUCACUGGCUGUAUUACGCUGCUGACUCGCGGUGGCAUUUCGGUAGCUCCUCCAGCAAGAAUGCAGGGCGGCUCACAACUGCUUUGCGGAGCCCUGCGUGCGAUUGCACCAGCCUCCCUCCCCCCGAGAGCGCUCCGUGGGAAGAGCGAGUAUUGCUGUUUGGUCGCGUCUUCGGCUUUAAGUCCUCGCCGGCCAAGGUACGAUGCGAGUUCCUGGAGGAUUGUCGGGCUGCGUGGAAUGCCGCCAAGUCUUCGGGCGCAUGCAACGCUGUGCACGUCACAAAUUGCGAGAUCUCUGAAAUCAAUGCACUGUACGACAUGCUUACAAGUGACGUGGAGGAUGGGCAAGCCCCAAGAUUUUGUCAGAGAGGGAAGGAUCUGUGGCUGUACUACGCGACGGAUGGCCGUUGGCAUUUCGGCAGUGGUUCAGCUGCAGCACAAAACCUUCCCGGCCACCGAUUUCGCAGCCGAGAGUGCAAGGCAGGCGCACUGCCCGUCGACAUUUCGAGCUGGGAGGUGCGUGACUCGGCAUCGGGCAGCAGGAGGCCUUCGUUCAGAGCUUCGAACGUGAGGUUCGAACGUCUAGCUUCUGACGACUGGUCGUGGUGCAAAGAUGUCUGGUCUGUCGCAGCGGCUGUUGACAUCAGUGGAUCAAGAUGCGGCGAUGCAGACGGCUGCUACGAGCUCCAGCAUUGCAGGAGGGAGUCCGAUGGGUCGCCGGUAUUCAAACACCGGACGGCAAAGUGCUGGCUAUAUUUUGCAAGUGAUCGGCGAUGGUACGCAGGUGGGAAUACCGAUGACAUGAACCUUUGGGCAUCCAGUGGGCUUCUUCGCAGCUGUACCUGUGCUGCUGGAACCCUGCCGGGUGAUAUCGAUGUUUGGGAAGAGAAGUCAUUUCUUUACGGUGGCUACGUCCGCACGAAAGCUUGCAGAGUGUCCUCAAUCCCUGGGCCUGAGCUGAGAAUCUUCAAAGAUGCCGUGAUUGCUGCACCGGCGGCUGUGCGCGUUUCUGGCGCUGCAGCAGACAACUGGAAUGGGACAUAUCUUCGGCAGGUGCACUCCUCAUGCCCUACCAGGCUGCCCACAUUCUGCAAGACGGAGGCUGACGCUUGGUUGUACCAAUGCGACGAUGGAAGAUGGUAUGUGGGGCAGAAAAAGCACAAGGACAAACGUUGUGCCGGGCGAGGGCUCAGAAGUUCAGUCUGCGAUGUCGGUGAGCUGCCGUUUCUGGCCGCGUGGGAUGAGCAUCGAUGGCGUUACACCAUGCCCUUGUUCGAGCCCACGAAGCGUGUCAAACUCCUCUUGGAAGACUGA